AUGGCCAAUCCAAACUCCCCCUCACCGUACCUCGCCAUCGUCCGAUCACGCUUCUCAAGCUUGGCGCCGCCUGGCGUCCAGCAAGCGCACCACCUUCAAAACAUGGACACCGAGAUACGCUCCAUCCAACUUGCCCUGGAAGAAGCACGCCGAAUAAGGAACAUGAACGUUGGAGCAUAUCGUCUUCCGCCCGAAGUCCUUACGCAAGUCUUCGAGGAUGUGCAAGAGCAGUGGGGGCCUGAACGGGAAGUUGAGGAGAAGAAGGAUAGUAAUCAUGAGAAAGUGCAGAAUGAGAAAGGCUCUGAGCCUUGGCGUGAUGUGUUUACUGGAGGAUGGAUGGUGGUCACACAUGUAUGUGCUUACUGGCGCAAGGUCGCGCUGGGUAAUCCCUCGCUAUGGUCCGAAUCAGAGAUUGACGUAGUCAGCAUUCACCCUGGAUACAUCCCCGAUAUAAUAGCGCGUUGUCGCGGACGUCCGAUCCAUCUGCAUCUCAAUACCCAAGACCUCGAAUUCAGAGCCUCAAACGAAUCGGAAGUCGAAGAAGAUGCCGGUGUACAAGCGUGGAUCUCGCCUCUUGUUCUUGGCCUUACCAAGGACCUCGCGAUCUCUGCGCUUUAUGAAAUGCUUGAAUAUACCGCCAGUCGACUGCCUACAGAAAUAACACAUUUACGAAAGCUUUACCUCGAAACUAACGGAUUGACUAUGGAGGCUCCAGAGGAGGUAGCGCCGAAACGGUUCUGGGAACUCAAUACCGUCUCAGAUCUGACUCUGAGCUCCUGCGCUAUACCAUGGCGAUCUCCCAUCUUCUCCUCGUCUCUCACUCGCCUGGUGCUACAAAGCAUGGAUGGUGUACAGUACCCCAAGACAUAUGUCGAGCUUCGCGACCUGUUGUCACGCAUGCCACACCUCCAGGUUCUCGAAAUGUGGAACAUCGUGCCGGAUCCGCUCGCACAACAAGACCUCACCAUUGAUCUCCCUCCGUCUUUGCGCAGGGUCGAAAUCAAUGUGAUACGACCUGAGCGUGUGCUUGAUGGCUUGUGGCUCAUGGAGCGUGUUCGGUCGCCCCCAAGUUGCUCUGUCGACUUCUCUAUCUGGCCCGGAUGGCUCGUGACAGAGAACCCCGCUAUCAACGAUCUGCUCCAUGGAUCCAUGCACCACAUGCUCUCAAAUAGCAACGUUACCGCACCACGACACCUUGUGUUGAGCCAUAAUACUUUUAUCAUCGCUUCCACCGACAUUUUCGCGGACCGAGGUCCAAAUGUAAUGGUCUCCGCCACUUCCGCCCCAGAUACCACCGUCAGCGCUUUCAGUAUCACGGAGUCCGAGCGCAGAUUCGGAAACGAGGGCAUGAUUGUAUACGACAUGACUCCUCUUCUAGGUUGCAUUAAUCUUGAGAAUCUCCGGGCAGUCGCAUUCAGCUCGGAGACGAUCCACGCUAUCAGCACCCAGAACAUCUGGACGAUGUUCCUCGCCGCCGUCGACGUUCGCCGGAUCGACUUGGAAUCGCCGCACGCAGCGGUCUCGGCGCACUUCUCUGAUCUACAACGAGCACUGUGCCAUCGCUACUCUGUAGGCUCGACAGAUGGUCCCCAUUGGAAGCUUCUGCUCCCUCGCCUGCAGACGUUGGCAUUACACCUCACGGACGAAGACGUCCAAAAUGCAGAGUUCGUGAUAGCGCUUAUUGAGCUGAUACGCAUGAGGGCCGAGCUCGGCGCAGCUCUGCGAGCAGUUUUGGUCCCGCGUGGACUCAGAUAUGGGUCUUUGUGGGAUACCCUACAUGCGACGGUGAAGGUCACGCGGGUCAGUUGUAGCCGUACGCGUACGGUGUUCAAAAGGAGAAUGUCACUUUGGAUACCAAACUAA